UCCCAAGUUCGGCGGGGGCCUUCGCACGACAUGGCGGGCUUUCAUGACAGGGACAGGGCCCUGUUCCCGAUCCGGAGCAUCUCCGCGAUCGUUCAGAUCUUCAAGAAUCAGCUGGAGAACAGCGCCGAGCCGGACCUCGCGCUCCUCUCGAUCCUCAUCGGCGCCGUCGAGAACUCCCUGACGUGCAAUCGCGUCUUCACGCCCCAGGAGAACGCCGUCUACGACGAGCCGAAGCUGCCGCCCGUCGAGUACCACAUCGCCGAGGCGCUGUACACCAAGUUCCACGCGGUGAUCAAGGGCGCCGUCGAUCUCACCGUGUACGACACCAAGUACGCCACCAGGGAGCUCGUGAAAAAGGUGUCGGACGUGAUAUGGAACUCCCUCACCAGGAGCUACUACAAGGACCGCGCGCAUCUGCAGAGCCUCUACAGUUACCUAACGGCGAACAAGCUCGACUGUUACGGAGUCGCCUUCGCCGUCGUGGCCGGCUGCCAGGUUCUCGGUUUCAAGGACGUGCAUCUCGCCAUGUCAGAGGAUCACGCGUGGGUCGUGUACGGAGAGGAUGGCACGCAGACCGCGGAGGUCACAUGGCAUGGUAAGGGAAACGAGGACAAACGUGGGCAAUCGGUGGAGCCUGGUGUAGCGUCUCGAUCGUGGUUGUAUUUAAAUGGCCAAGCGAUGGUGUGCAGUCGUGCUUUAGAAGUGGCUACCAUAGUAUCGGCUAUAAAUCCUAGUCUGAAUGCGACUACCGACGCGGUCGAAGUGGCAUUGCUUCAGCAGGAGUUGCUGUGGCUGCUGUACGACCUGGGCCAUCUAGCAAAGUAUCCAAUGGCACUCGGUAACCUGGCUGAGUUGGAAGAGGCUGCGCCUACGCCUGGAAGGCCACCGUCUAUAGACCUCUUUCAGGAAGCCGUUAGGUCAGCAAGGAAAUACUAUGGAAACGCGCAUGUUUAUCCUUACACCUAUCAAGGUGGAUAUCUAUAUCGGCAUGGAUUACACGUCAACGCGUUUGCGUCGUGGGCCGACGCCGCGGAUGUUUUACGGAAAUAUGAUUAUUCGCGGGACGACGGGGAGAUAUACAAGGAAUUGCUGGAGAUCGCCAACGAAUUGAUACCGCACGCGGUGCGGGUCGACGAGCGCUUACUGAGGCAGCCACGUUGCUUCGCGUACCUGCUAAGGUUCUACGACGGUAUCUGCCAGUGGGAGGAGGACGCGAACACGCCCGUGCUGCACAUAGGCUGGGCCCGGCCGCUGGUGAACACGAUCUCGAAGUUCGACGCCAGUAUACGCGCCCAGGUCGUCAUAGAGUGCUACGAGACGGAGGUCAAGCAGAAGGAGGAGACCGCCCAGAAGAGGGAGACGAGUCCCGAGGAGACUCUGAACAACAACAACAACAAUUACUGCAAGACCAAGGAGAGGGGGAACGCGGCGCGGGAUCUGAUCAAGAGCCUAGAGUCCAAAGUGCCCUCCAAUUCGGCGUCGACGCAUCCCAGUAUUCAAGCUCUAACGGCGGCCUGCAGUGAGAAGAUACUUAACAGAGAUUACCUGCUACAGGGCGGCGGCGAGCCGUUCGUCGCGCCGCCGGACAACGCCCUACCGCCGCCGGCGGCGCCCUCGACCUCCAAGGAGAAGCCCGUCGUCAAGCCCGAGGUGCAGCAGGCCGACUCCGAGAACGAGAGGCCGAGGAUAACGCUGUACAGCCAGAAGAUGAAGGGCCUCAAGGACCUGCUGCUCGCGGAGAAGCUCAACACCCACGCGAUCUCGUUGCAGCUCACGGCGCAGAGCCAGGUGCAAAUCGGUAAGAAGUCGCGCGGCGGCGACGAGGUGGGAGUCAGUCAGCGUCCCAAGAGGACGCGCCGGGAAUAGUAUAAGAUCCUCGACCGACGUUUCGGUAUAGUGAAGUAUUGAAAAGUGCCACCACACACUUCUCGAAGAUCAACCACUCUCCGCUCGGCGCGGGAGAGCGCGCGAGCGGCCGGCUGUCCGGCACGGCCUGCGCAAACCAGUCAUUAAGGUAUACCGAUUUCCUCGCUCUCGGUGUCCCCCGCCGAUAAAUCCCGCGACGCGGAUCCUCCUCGGCUGGAACUCCUCCUCCGGAAUCUCGACUCGAGAGCGUCGUGAUGAAUUUCGUGCCGUUUUGAUUUGAAUUGAAGCCCUCCACGGUGCUCCUCUCGUUUUGCAACGACGCCGCGGGUCCUUGCGAGACAACGUUUUACGUUACCGUCGGGGAUAUAUUGCCGUUAGUAUAUAUAGAGUAUAAAAGUAGAUUCGGAGAGAGAGAGAAAGAGAGAGAGAGAGAGAGAAAAUUGUAGAAAAGUACAAAAAAGUUUUCCCCACUUUUUAAGUUAAAUAGACGGAAUCGCGAGAGUCCGCCCCC